GUGUGCAUGUGUUCGGCCUGUGUGCGACGGCCUUGCUGACGGACAUCAUCCAGCUGUCCACAGGUUAUCACGCUCCCUUCUUCCUCACGGUCUGUAAACCCAACUACACGCUGGCCGGCUGCGACAGAAACUCUUACAUCACCAGAGACGUGUGUUCAGGGACGGACCAACACGCCAUCAUGGCCGCCAGGAAAACCUUCCCUUCCCAGCAUGCAACUCUGUCUGCCUUCGCUGCUGUCUAUGUUUCUAUGUAUUUCAACGCGACCAUCUCCGACAGCACCAAGCUGCUCAAACCGGUCCUGGUGUUUGCGUUUGCGAUCGCGGCGGCUCUGACGGGUUUGACUCAGAUCACACAGCACCGCAGCCAUCCGAGCGACGUCUACGUGGGAUUCAUGAUCGGAGCCUUCAUCGCCGCCUAUCUGGCUUGUCACGCUGUCGCCAACUUCAAGUCCUCUGAUGAUAUCAUCCCAGCCCCGCCUCCACCACCGCCGAAAGAAGAUCCCCUUCGAGCGCUGACGGAGCGAGGACACGAGUCCGUGUACAACAAAGGUCCCGCCUCGGCAUCUGAGAGCAACGACGAGAUCACUGCGACCCCGGUACCAAGAGUUGGGAUGGAUACGUCCCUGCAGGGGUCUCCGGGGGAAAGUCUGAAGAGAGCCAGCGUUGACGUGGAACUGCUGGCCCCUCGGAGCCCAAUGGGGAAAGAAACAAUGCUCACCUUUAGCAACACCUUACCGAGGAGUAGCAUGAACGUGGAUGGUUUCCUGGAGGAAGUAGGUCCAAUGCAACCCAUGCAACAAGUGCAACAAGUGCAACCAGUGCAACCAGUGCAAAGGCGUUUGAAAGCGGUUCAGGGGCCGGUCGAUCCAAUGCGUUCCCAGCAACUGGUGUCAGAGUGGAAGCAGAAAUCGAUGGAAAUGAGAGGCGUUCGGGAUGAAGUGGAACGUGAGAAUAGCGAAGAUGGAGGAUCGGAGGUGGGAUCAUCUGUGGGGACGGAUGAUUCAACAACACCCGUGUUCCCAGUUCAUUCUGUGAGGGCGCCGUCCAGUCGUAAUAACCCCACUCCGCCUCCAGUUGGCGCCAAAGCUGUAGCGACUCCCCGCCCGCCACAGAUCCAAGAAGCAGCGCCGCCUCAAGUUUCUCCGAAAAGCGCUUUGACUCGGGCAAAGUGGCUCUCAAUUCGGGAGAAAACGAGUGGCGGUGAGGCGUCGAAUCGCACCAAUCAACCUCGUUUAAUGCAAGUUAUCGCCAUGUCCAAACAGCAGGGGCUCCUCCCUUCUUCUUCCACCUCUUCGGGGGAAAAGUCCUCCGAAACCACUUCCACCUCCUCCUCCUCAAACGCCAACGAGUCGCCGCAUUACCGCGAACAUAAAGAAAAUCCGGGUAUUGUCACUGUUGACGCUCAUGCCCCGCAUCAUCCAGUAGUUCAAGCCCCGUCCCCUCUGCAAGCCCCGCCCCUAGCAGGAAACGGUAAUCCAUGGGAGUGGGGAGCGAGGCCAAGUGACCCGCGAGACUCCUACGAUCUGAACAGCUUGACCAGAGGCGAUUCCUCCGCUCACGGGAGCAGUUUUCGGCCUCAUCGCUCAGCUUCUCCAGGUGCUGAUCCUCAGAGAGAGAUUGCUGUGGAGGCUCAGCGCAGAGAAAUGGCCAUGAGACGCAAAACGGCUCUGGUUCUGCUGGACCGAGAGAUCAGGAACCAGACGGAGCAGGAGAACUAUUACAAGAGUCUGCAGGGGCGCAGGUUCAAGGAGUAGAACCUUUCAAAACAAAAGCCUUAUGUGGCAGCGGGGUGUUGUUAGAGCGCUGUGGAGUGAUGGGAGACCAGACAGCUGAUCAGAAUCAGGCAAUAGAGUGGUGCAUUGAUGAUUUACUUUUGUAGGUCGACCCGGAAGUAAGCUGCUGGUUCCCUCGACAAAAAAGCAAUGGGAUUUCUCCAUAGGAAUUGGGAUUAUUGUAAAAAAUAAGACCUGUGGAAACGAACCUGUUUGAUAAACGCACGUUUUGUUCAGCCGGAUAAUCUCCACAUGUCUACUUUUAUAAUGUUCUAAUCAUAAAUCUAACGGCCAGAAGCUAAAUGCUAACGUUAUGCUAUAAAGGAAUUACAGCCG